CACUUGCCUUAUCGAUGUUCGGGCAAAUGAGGAUAGACGAAGCACUUGACCAUAGCCGGCAGAUCGCCCGCAAUAAGCAUAACGAAGAAGUAACGAAAAACCGGAAGGGUAUGCGAACUUUAAUUGAGAUCACCUGUUUCCUUGGCACUCACGGUCUCGCCUUUCGCGGACAUUAUGAAUGUUCUGAUUCCACGAACAGAGGAAAUUAUAAAGACCUCUGCACGUUGAUCGCCGCCAGGGAUCCAGCAUUCCAGGACUUUAUAAAUAAUAAAGUUUUCAGCGGAACGUCGGGAGGCUUUCAGAACGAGCUUAUAGAAUGCAUUGAAAGCUACAUGCUUCAAACAAUUAAAAGAGAAGUUUUUGAUGCUGAGUUCGUGUCCAUUAUGAUGGAUGAAUCAACAGAUUCGGCUCGGUUAUCGCAACUAUCUUGUACUCUGCGCUACUUACGGCCCGAUGGAACACCAGUUGAAAGGCUCGUUAGAUUGGCAGACGUUAGCAGUGACAAAACCGCCGCUGCGUUGGCCGGACACGUUGAUGAAAUAGCAGCGUAUUUUGGUCUUGAUGGUGACAAAGUUGUAGCUUAG